CCCCCCCCAAUACGUCUGCUUUUGACGCGCAGGGCAGCUUCUCCUUUUUAUUUAAAAAAAAAAAAAAAAAAACAACGUCAAUUUGAAAGGAAGGGAUACCCAAUGGAUGCUGUGGCAAACCGCGUCGUCCCGCUCGGCAUCUUUACAUUGUGUUUGAUUUAGCCUUCAAGCAGAGACUACCUUGAUGAAACAGCAGGAACUACGAGGACUGUUGUUGCAAUGGAGUCGACUCUCUCACGGCUCAAGCCGCGUCUGUAAACCUACAAUAUCUCGUUUCAUGGCGUUUUGCAGGUGGCUCAUCUGCUCCGUGGGCUUCUCCACGUUUCCUUUCUGAAUUCUUAUUCUUGUUCUUUUUUUUUUUUUUUUUUUUUUUUUUUUAAGUGCACCGGGAGAAAAAUAACGACCACUGCUUGCCAAACUAUGAACGAGGAGAUGACAAAAAGCGAGGAGCAGCAUCUUAGUUUGCAGAAAGCCUUGCAGCAGUGCGAGUUGGUGCAAAAUAUGAUAGACAUAAGCAUUUCUAGUUUGGAGGGUUUACGGACCAAAUGUGCCACAUCCAACGACUUGACACAGAAGGAGAUACGAACGCUGGAGGGGAAGUUGGUGAAGUACUUCAGCCGCCAGCUGUCCUGUAAGUGCAAAGUGGCCUUAGAGGAGCGCAGUGCUGAGCUGGAGGACUUCCCUCGCCUCGGACACUGGUUCCGCAUCGUCAACCUGAGAAAGGAGGUCACACAGGAGAUGAGUCCAGGUGAGGUGACCCUUGAGGGCCUGCUGGAGUUGAGCGAGGAGCAGGUGUGUGAGCUGCUGCAGAAGUUCGGUGCCAACGAAGAGGAGUGCGCUCGACUCAACGCCUCCCUCUCCUGCCUCAGAAAGGCCCACCAGCUCGAACAACUUGAGGAGGAUAAAUUGCACAGUAACGGAGGGAGCCAAGCAAAGCAGGACUGGUCCAUCCAAUGGCCCACCUCUGAAUCAGGCAAAGAAAACACUCCAGUGUGCCAGCCAGAGGCCAGUCAAUGGAUUCGCUUCCAGCUCUCCCAAAGUCCCAAAGUCCAGUCCAAGAACAACCAGCACAUGUGCCACAGCCCCCAGGCCCUGGCCCCCCCUUUAUAUGCCGAUCGACUGACUGUCGACAGCCCCGCCACAGGGCUCUUCCCUCCCCUGGACUUUGGUCAUCGCUCCCUGCCCCCAUCUCCCCGCCAGAGGCAUUUUGGCCACACGCCUCCUCGGACUCCAUUGGUGGUCAACACAAUGACCCCACCUGGCACACCCCCUAUGCGAAGAAGGAACAAAGUCAAGGCCCCAGGAACACCACCUCCCCCAAGCCGCAAGCUCAUCCACCUGCUGCCAGGCUUCACUGCUUUGCACCGCAGCAAAUCUCACGAGUUCCAGCUGGGGAACCGCUUGGAGGAUACACAAACACCAAAAGCCAAGAAGAAGACCAAGCCCUUGAACCUUAAGAUCCACAGCAGCGUGGGCAGCUGUGAGAAUCUGCCCACGCAGCGCUCGCCCCUGUACUCCGAACGAUCCCUGCGAUCCUUCUUCUUCCCCUCCUUCAUCCCUUCCACACCUCCAGUCCACGCUGAAACACCCUCUGCAAACACUCUCUCAGUGCCUCGCUGGUCCCCACAGAUUCCCCGAAGAGAUCUGGGAAACUCAAUAAAACACAGAUUUUCCACAAAGUAUUGGAUGUCCCAGACAUGCACAGUAUGUGGAAAGGGAAUGUUGUUUGGACUGAAAUGUAAAAACUGCAAGCUGAAGUGCCACAACAAAUGCACCAAAGAAGCCCCACCUUGCCAUUUACUGAUCAUACAGCGAGGCGGACUAGAAUCCUUCAAAGAGAGGACAGUACAUAGUGAAAAUCUGGAGGGACAUCAGGCCAUAUUUAAAGACCACCAAGGAAUAACUCAAGUAGCUCGUCUGGUACGAACUGAAUCAGUGCCGUGUGACAUCAACAACCCGCUCAGGUACACAGACCUGCACAUCAGCCAGACGCUCCCCAAAACCAACAAAAUCAACAAGGAUCACAUCCCUGUCCCGUACCAGCCAGACUCCAGCAGUAACCCAUCAUCCACCACCUCCUCCACCCCGUCCUCCCCAGCUCCUCCCCUUCCAAGCAGUGCCACGCCCCCCUCACCGUUACACCCCUCCCCACAGUCAGCUCGACAACAGAAACAGUUCAACUUGACAGCAUCAAGUUACUUCAAAUACAAACAACAAUUCAUCUUCCCAGAUGUUGCACCAGAAGCUCCACCAAGCAGAGCGCCACAGGUCAUCCUGCACCCUGUCCUGUCUGAGCCAGGAAAUGAAGGAAACCCUUUACUCCAGAUUGAAGUUGAACCUACAUCAGAUAAUGAGGAAUGCAAUGAUGAGGACUCUGGAGACGAGUUUGAGGAGAUGAACCUGUCGCUCCUGUCUGCUCGUAACUUCCCGCGCAAAGCCAGCCAGACCAGCAUCUUCCUGCAGGAGUGGGACAUCCCAUUUGAGCAGCUGGAGAUCGGGGAGAUGAUUGGCAAGGGGCGCUUUGGCAAAGUUUUCCACGGACGCUGGCAUGGCGAGGUGGCCCUCCGCUUGAUCGACAUCGAACGUGACAAUGAGGACCAACUGAAGGCCUUCAAGAGAGAAGUGAUGGCCUACCGAAACACCCGCCACGAGAACGUGGUCCUGUUCAUGGGCGCCUGCAUGAGUCCACCACAUCUGGCCAUCAUCACCAGCUUAUGUAAAGGCCGAACACUUUAUUCUGUGGUGCGAGAUGCCAAGGUUGUGCUGGAUGUAAACAAGACCCGACAGAUCGCACAAGAGAUGGUCAAGGGGAUGGGCUACCUGCACGCUAAAGGGAUCUUACACAAAGACAUGAAGUCCAAGAAUGUGUUUUACGACAACGGAAAAAUCGUCAUCACCGACUUCGGACUCUUCACCAUAUCUGGGGUUCUUCAGGCUGGCAGCCGGAGAGAAGACAAGCUGAGGAUCCCAAACGGCUGGCUGUGUCACUUGGCCCCAGAAAUCAUCCAGCAGCUCUCUCCAGAAACAGAGGAGGACAAGCUUCCCUUCUCCAAACAGUCAGAUGUCUUUGCUUUUGGCACCAUCUGGUACGAGUUACAUGCACGUGAGUGGCCUUACAAGAGUCAGCCAGCAGAGGUGAUCAUUUGGCAGAUCGGCAGUGGGAUGAAGCCCAACCUCGCCCAAACUGGCAUGGGGAAGGAAAUAUCUGACAUUCUUCUUCUGUGCUGGGCGUACAAGCAGGACGAGCGGCCCAGCUUCUCCAAGCUGGUAGAUUUACUGGAAAAAUUGCCAAAACGGAACCGUCGCCUUUCCCACCCAGGGCACUUCUGGAAGUCAGCUGAGUAUGUCAAAUGAGUUAGGGACACAAAACAGCAAACAAUCAGCAACAAGUAUAAAAACAAACAGCCGCCAUAACUCUCUUCAUAAAUAACCCACCUCCUUAAAGAAUGCACUGAAUCCAAAAGCCAGCCCAGUGACGAAAACUGCCCGUGCUGUGUGUACUUUCAUGGAAUGUUGGCAUGUGUGUGUACAGAUAAGUUGACUGUCCAGCUUCUCAAAAGUCGGGACUCAUAUUUUCUUUGGUUUGAUUUGAACCAUACAGGAUUUUUUUUCCUUAAUCUUUUGUUUUUUGUCUUUUACUAUUGAACUGAACCGCUCAUAAAAAUUGGUUUACUUCCUGGAUGUAUCUUGUUUGUACCUUUCAACUGAUCACGCCAUCUUGGACUUUAGAAACACAUGUUUGAGUACAAAUGAAGAUUUUUUUUUCCCAUGUGUUUUUUCUUUGAAUGAAUGUAAAUUUUGUAUGUCAUGCAUUGUAUAUUUCACGACAUUGUCUUGCCAUUCUUAUGUCUGUCAACUGUGGAAAAGCAUUUUGUCAGUGUUUUGUCAUUGUCUCAUGUGUGGAUGUCUGCACAGGUUCUAUGUUUGUCUAAAAAGCUUUAUUUGACUCUAAAAUGUCCUCUUAUUUACACCGUACCAUUUGAAUGUGAAGAAGCCAGCGCCCCUGUUUGUAUGGGGAUGUGACGGUGCAGUUUUGGUGAGAAAAGGGAGAAUAUUCUCUGAUCAGCCUGUGCUUUGAAUUUUGCCUGUGAACAUAAUUAAGACAUUAGAACAAUAACUUAAGAGGGUAAAGAAGCCGCUGGUCAGACCAGGACUCCCACACUUGAUGCUGUCCUGUGAAACUCUGACACUUGAAAUGUAUCUUGUCAACAGAACCAACUACACAGCUACCACUGAGCCCCCUACAAAAUGCCUUUCCCCAGAAAUAACUAUAAUUCAUUUUAUUUGACUUCAAAUAGCUAAUCAACGAGAAAGAAUAUAAUAAAAACAGAUACUAAUUUAAACGUUUUACUGUAUUUUCAGUGCAGUAAGUACAUUUAUUUACAGAGGUUAUUAUAUUCAUAAAUACACCAAAUGUUGUUGAUCAGGAAUACCAUAUACGUUUUUUGAGUAAUGAACUAAAUAGUCUAAAACAAUAGUUUGGAAACUACCUAUUGCUGAUGGGUCUGAGGACGCAGAAAAUCGGAUGCAGAAAGUAAAAAGGAGGUUUACAGAUUUAGAGCUCUAUAAUGAUGUGACUGUUAGACACAUAAAAGGAGGGCAUUCAAUAUGUUCUUAGAAACCUAAGAUUUCAGUUUAUUUUGGGCUCUUUUAAUUUCUUCAUAGUUGCUCAAAGGCAGUGUUGUAGUCUCUUUGAAUAGUCAGUCUUAAUGCAUCCUACUUUUAUUUCAAAUAUUUUAUUUCUUUUCCAUUUAUGUUACUUUUAUGCCAUUUUCAUUUUUGUUUUAUGCAGAUUAAGAUCUAAAAAGUCUCACUGAUCGAUAUAAAGGUGUGUGAGACAGUAAUGCACAUUUAAUUUGAGAGACAGCUAGAUUGU